UUUCCUCGUUUGGUUCAGUUUUCAUGCGGCUGACAAACAGCGAAGAUGUCUUUAGUGACGACGUACUUGUUCACAUAUAACGGAUCUUGGAUAAUUUUAACAGUGAUUUUUGGCAUUCUGGUGAUUCUUCUGAAUUUGUUAGUCCAACGUGCGUUGUUUGUCCACGCAUUAAAAAAACUACCAUGUCCGUUUGCAUUACCAAUAAUUGGCAAUGCAUUUGUAUUACACGGUGAUGCUGAAAAGUUCUUCAAGAACCUCCUUAAAUGGAGAAAAAUGUAUGGUGAUGUAUUCAAAGUUUGGGCAGCCACAAGACCAAUUGUUUUUCUAUAUAAAGCUGAGUUUGUUCAGCAAUUGCUUUCCAGUCCACAUUUUAUAGAGAAAAGCCAGGAUUAUAAAUAUACGCAACUAUGGUUAGGUAAUGGACUUCUCACCAGUACAGGAGAAAUUUGGCACUAUCGUAGGAAAUUGUUGACUCCGACUUUUCACAGAGAUAUUUUGGAGAAAUUUUUCAUUACCAUAGUACAGGAGGCUGAAAUUUUAACGACUGUACUUCGAAAUGAAGUUGGGAAAUCAGAGUUCGAUAUGGUACCGUAUGCGAAACGCGCAUCUCUCGACGUGAUUUGCGAGACUGUAAUGGGAUAUAAAGUUAAUGCGCAGUCAGUACACGACCACAAGUACCUUUGCGCUAUCGAAAGCAUUAAAGAAAUUAUACAGAAGAGGAUCGUAAAUGUGCACUUAUAUCCUGAUGUCAUUUUCUUCAACACCGUCUGGGGAAAAGAAUAUCUGAGGACCGCAAAUGUUAUUCAAGAUUUCGUGAGAGAGGUGAUGACUGAUAGGAUGGCUUCAAGGAAAUUGAAUAAAAAUACAAUUAACGGUGAAGGAGUAAAAAGGCGAACGGCGAUGUUAGACUUAUUGUUGGAGGCAUUAGACGAUAAUGCUAAUUUAUCCGAAAAUGAUGUUUUAGACGAGGUGAAUACGUUCAUGUUUGCAGGACAUGAUACCGUGGCUACAAGUAUAUACUGGACGUUGUAUAAUCUUGGGAGAUAUCCGAUGUACCAACAAAUGAUUCUUGACGAAUUCCACGAGGAAAUCGGUUCCGAUGAAAUCACGUUUGAUGGACUUAAUAAGCUCAAGUUGUUGGAAGCGUGCAUCAAAGAAACUUGGAGGCUUUAUCCACCCGUAACACUUUUCGGUAGAACAUGCCGCAGUCCCAUAACAAUAAAUGGCGUAGAGUGUCCGGCAGGGACAAAUUUCAUCGUCCAUUCGUACUUGUUGCAUCGGGAUUCAGUCAAUUUUUCAAAUCCAGAGGAAUACGAUCCGAAACGCUUUCUAGAAGGUGGCGCGAAAUACCCGAAUUUUAGUUUCAUCCCUUUCAGUGCAGGACCGCGAAACUGCAUCGGAAUGCGAUUGGGUGCCAUGACAGUGAAACUCAUGACUCUGUACACCCUUAAAGCCUUUGAAGUACGAUCUCUAGAUCCCGAAGAUAAAUUAUGCUUAAGAUCAAAUAUCAUUUUAGAAAACGCGAACGGUAUCCGUCUUAGCAUCACACCGAGGUCAUAAUGCAUAUAUGAAUACCUAUGCAGUUCUUAAUUCCCUUAUGACUUUACAUUUAAUUGUCUCACGUGUUAUGUAUUUGACUCCUGAAAUAGUAACAAUAUAAAGGAUUUUGCCCGGUUAAAGAGUUCAACUGCGAUAGAUCAGUUUAUUAAAUAUCAUACACUUGAAUGAAUAGGAGUUGAAGACGUGUAAUUGAAUAAUUACCAUUGUACUACAAACAAUCAGGUAUAAAUAAUCAUUUGGAUGACACAUCUCACUAUA